GAAAUAGAGAAAGCAGUGUGUGUGCAUGUGUGUGUGUGAGAGAGAGAGAGGGAGAGGGAGGAGAGGGAGAAGGGGAGAGAGAAAGGGAGGGAAGAAGAGGGCCGAGUGUAGGGGGCUGAGCCACAGAGAGGCGAGACGCGCACGGGAAGGGCCUUGCGGAGGAAGAAAUAACGCUUUCCGGAGUCAGCUGCGGUGAAUCGGCUUCUAUUUUCUUUUUCUUUUGAUUUUUUUUUUAAUUCCUAAAGAGAAGCAAGGGACAGAAGCCAUGGCCGAGAGAGAAGAUAAGCUGAGAUGCUGGUGACCCUGGGUCCAAGUGGAUUAUCGGAGCUGUCUCCAAGAGGCCUGCCCUCCCAGUUUGCCAGUUGUAUAUAAUCCCUCAUCCCAGCCAAUGAAGAGGAGAGGCAGCGCGAACAGAGUCAUUUAGAAAGCCCCCGAGGAAGUGUAAACAAAAGGGAAAGCAUGAAUGGAGUGCUCCCGAGACAAGUGUGUCCCGCACUGCCCCCACCUUUAGCUGGGCCUGCCGUUGCCCAGCGCUGCCUCUCCCCACAUACCCACUGGUGAUUUUUUUUAAACAUUUUUUUCCUUCUCUUUUCCAUUCGCUUUUCUAAUUCUCCCUUCAGGGCAAGGCAAAGAGCUUGAUUUUUGGGACCCAGCCAUGGCUCUUCUGCACUUUCUUUAAAAUACUCACUUUCUCCUCAUCGCCAAGCGGCGUUUGGCAAUAUCAGAUAUCCGCUCUAUUUAUUUUUACCUAAGGAAAAACUCCAGCUCUCUUCCCACUCCCAGCUGCCUUGCCACCCCUCCCAACCCUCGGCUUGCCCUCCACCUGGCCUGCUGGGAGUCAGAGCCCGGCAGAACCUGUUUAGAUAUAUGGACAAGAAUCCCAGCGCUACACAGCACACAGUCCGCUACUUCGUCCCGGGGUUGCCAGCGCUUCCUGGGAGUCCUGAAGCUCACACAGCGCAGUCCUGGCACUUUACAACAGCACCCGGGAGUUGCUGGAAGAGAUGCACGGGGAGAGGGAAGAAGGCUGCACUCAGGAAACCUCGGAGUCAGAGUACUAUGCCAAAGAGAUCCAUAAAUUCGACAUGAUCCAGGGGCUGGCGGAGCACAAUGAACUGGCAGUCUGCCCCAAGGGAAUUACCUCUAAGGUUUUCCGUUUCAAUGUGUCCUCAGUGGAGAAAAAUGGAACCAAUCUGUUCCGGGCGGAGUUCCGGGUCUUGCGGGUGCCCAACCCCAGCUCCAAGCGCACAGAGCAGAGAAUCGAGCUCUUCCAGAUACUUCGACCUGAUGAACACAUAGCCAAGCAGCGCUACAUAGGUGGCAAGAAUCUGCCCACGAGAGGCACCGCAGAGUGGCUGUCCUUCGAUGUCACUGACACUGUGCGCGAGUGGCUGUUGCGGAGAGAGUCCAACUUGGGUCUGGAAAUCAGCAUCCACUGUCCAUGUCAUACCUUUCAGCCCAAUGGAGACAUACUGGAAAAUGUUCACGAGGUGAUGGAAAUCAAAUUCAAAGGAGUGGACAACGAAGAUGACCAUGGCCGUGGAGACCUGGGGCGUCUCAAGAAGCAGAAGGAUCACCACAACCCGCACCUGAUCCUCAUGAUGAUUCCUCCACACCGACUGGACAGCCCAGGCCAGGGCGGGCAGAGGAAGAAGAGGGCCCUGGACACCAAUUACUGCUUCCGCAACUUGGAGGAGAACUGCUGUGUGCGCCCCCUCUACAUUGACUUCCGGCAGGAUCUAGGCUGGAAAUGGGUCCACGAACCUAAGGGUUACUAUGCCAACUUCUGCUCAGGCCCUUGCCCUUACCUCCGCAGCUCAGACACAACCCACAGCACGGUGCUUGGACUAUACAACACCCUGAACCCGGAGGCAUCGGCCUCGCCAUGCUGUGUGCCCCAAGACCUGGAGCCUCUGACCAUCUUGUACUAUGUUGGCAGAACCCCCAAGGUGGAGCAGCUGUCCAACAUGGUGGUGAAGUCGUGUAAGUGCAGCUGAGGCCAGUCUGCAACAGAGGAGGGGAAACUGCCACCACCGACUGCUGCUCCUUGGAAAACCAAAGCAACAGACCUCACCCUAGAGGCCUGGAGCCCACAAGCCCUGGCUCCCGAUGGCGAAAGGCCGAGAGGGAGGCUUCCUUCUGGAACAUUUCUUUCUGCUAGCUCUGAGAAUCACUGUGGUAAAGAAAGUGUGGGUUGGUUAGGGGAAGGCAAACUGGUGAGAACAUGGAUUUCUGUGGUGCAGGCAGAGGUGGUGGGGUAGAGAAGAGAUAAUGAGUGGACGUUGUGAGUGGCAAGGGGCCUCCGGCUACCCUAGGGAAGAUGAAGGGCAGAGUGGUCAGGUGAAGGCCAGACUGGAAGGCACUUCAGAUAUGAGGUCAGCUUUGCUCAUGGCAGUACAUCUGCUCUAGGGAAUCGGGAUGUUGUUAAAGGCAACAGCAUUUUUCUUCAGUUUACCAAGCCAAAGUCCCCUGGAAUUGUAUCUUGAACUGCCUGGAAUUAAGGACAAUCUGUUCUUUUGCAAACAGUCUUUUCACCUCGAUCAGCAUCAUGAGUCAUUACAGAUAAUGUAAUUAGUUUCUGGGCCAGCAACUAGCUAUCUCAGGUCCCUCAGAGAUGCUGGACUCAAAGGCAGAGGUCAGAAUUGGUUCUCUCAUGUAUUCCCUCGGGCCCCCUCCUUCUGCCUUCCUUCUUGGCCGUAUUUCCCCUUGGACAUUUGGCUAGACACCUUCCGGGUCAGGGUGCAUUCUCUGGAUUCUGGAUCCACACAGCCUGGGGCAUCAGACAUCGUUUCCCUCCUACCCUAGACCCCGUGCUCCCCGGGUGUUCCUGGAAGCAGGUGCUACAUGCAGAGUAUCCGGGGAGCCUCCCAUGUCUGACAUGAUGACUCGGCCCCAGAUGCACAGACUGAAGUAUACAGACAAAUACAAAUAUUACUCUCAGAAUCUUUGUAUAAAUAAAUAUUUUUGGGGAAUCAUGGA